UCGCAAUCAUGUUGAUCUCGGGAAUCCAUGGCCUUCCAUUGGAGGUUACAGUUGUUGGAUGUUACAACUUGGAAGAGAACAAAUGGGUAUCAAGACAGGAUCAUUAUGUCUGUCUUGAAUAUGGUAGUGCCAGGUUCCGAACCAAAACCUGCACGGAUGGAGGGAAGAAGCCUAUUUUCCAAGAGAAGUUCAUUUUCACACUUAUUGAAGGCCUAAGGGAAUUGAAUGUGGUGGUUUGGAACAGCAGCACUCUCAUUGCCGAUGAUAUUAUUGGCAGCGGAAGGAUUCAACUCCACAAAGUUCUUUCCCAGGGUUCCGAAGAUAGCACCUGGCCUCUUCAAACCAAAAUUGGCAGACAUUCAGGAGAAGUAAGACUCAUAAUGCACUACCCCAAUGCCAAACAACCGCAAAAUUGGAAGACAAAAGGAGCUCCAUCACUUCCACAAUAUGCACCAUAUGCUCAUCCACCACCACCAUAUCCGACUACGAUGCCAUAUGCAGCCCCUUCAUCUUCUUACAAUCACUAUAGUACAGCAACAUAUCCGCAAUCUCCAUACGCUGGCUAUCCUCCUGCAAGUUUUAAUUAUCCUCCAAAUGCUCCUCCUGCAAGUUUUAAUUAUCCUCCACAUGUAUACCCACCUCCUCCUCUGCCUUUAACUUAUUAUCCAGCAGCUCCAACCGGAAUCUAUCCUCCGCCACCCUAUUGAGCUCUUUAGUCACUAAAGCUGAGACGCAUUACAUCAACGCAAGCUAAAAG